UGAUACAGACUAAGUUAUGUUAGGUUUCUGAAACUGUAUCAAGCAUGUUCCUACUGCGGUUCGAAAUAGUGGUAUAGUAUUUAUACCAGUGUGACGUAACAUUAUCAGGUAAUGAGAAGGGACCUUUAUUUUGAAGGCGAGUUGCUCCCUCCUCUAGUUUCCGGUAGUCUCCACGUGACAGUCAGACCCUCACUCGUUUACACACGAGACAGAUUGACGUGUUUCAGCGCUCCAAGUUUGUUGUUUCUUCCCACGAAGUGUCUUGGAAACAUUAAGUUCACACAGAAGAGUGAAGGCAGUGGAACCCGACAAAAAUCAUUUGUUACUCCAGUUAAUCACUUUUGAAACCCGUAACACUCAAUUGGAAAAAUGUGCAAAUUCCAAAAAGUGAGAAUGUUGAUGGAGCAGCGACUAAAUGUUACUGUUAAAGAAAUAUUUGGAGUGUUGGAAAGAACCAUAGCAGAGUACGAGGAGGAACUUUCUAGGACAAAGAAGGAGAACAAACGUCUACAAGAACUACUGGAUGCUCUUUUCAAACCUCAAGUUGUGCCACACAGAGCAGACAUCCAGCAGGUGUCAGCGGGGAGUCAUGAAGAGAUUCCCUCCAGGCAGCAGGAGUGGCACACCAGUGUGGGACAGAAAGAGCUACAGGCCCCCUCCCACAUUAAAGAGGAGCAGCCCUGGGAGCAGCUUCAUGAUGAAGAUGAAGCUCAGUCCUUACAGCUUCAUCACAGUCAAAGUGAGGAGAACAGAGGGGCGGAGCUUGUAACUCAACACAUCACAGAAGCUGAUGGAGAGCAUUGUGAAGAUAUAAACUCAGAACCAGAUCGCAUCUUUGCUCCACUGUCAGACAUGGACGACAUGAUGUCAGACUCUUCUGAUCAUAGUGACGACAUCCAAAAACCUUUGGAGAGUAAAAAUGACUCUAAAGGUGAUACGAGACAUCACACUAACAAGAACCCCUUAAACUGCUCUGAAUGUGGAAAAUCAUUUAGACAGAGUAGUCAUUUUACAGAACACAUGAGAAUACAUACUAAAGAGAAACCUUUUACUUGCUCUGUUUGUAAGAAGAGUUUCUCCAGAAAGCAUCACAUGACCACACACAUGAGAAUACAUACUGGAGAGAAACCUUUUGCUUGCUCAGCUUGUGCUAAAAGAUUCAUCACUAAGUAUGAAAUGAUAUUACACAUGAGAACACAUACUGGAGAGAAACCUUUUACUUGCUCUGUUUGUAAGAAGAUUUUCUCUAGAAAGCAAGCCAUGACCACACACAUGAGAAAACACACUGGAGAGAAACCUUUUGAUUGCUCAGCUUGUGCUAAAAGAUUCAACACUAAGGAUGAAGUGUUAUUACACAUGAGAAUACAUACUGGAGAGAAACAUUAAACCUUCUGUGUUUGUAAGAACAGUUUCACCAGAAAGCAACGCAUGACCACACACAUGAGAACACACACUGGAGAGAAACUGUUUGGUUAUACUGUGUGUGUUAAAAGGUUCAUGUAUAAGUAAGCAUAAGUGUGUAACAGUCAUGGAAGCCGCAGGCAUUUAAAAACACUUAAACAGUGAUUGUGCUAAAUGUACUUUAAAAACACAGCAUGUUUAAUAUAAAUGUAUAUUUUAUGUUGUAUGUAGUGCUUCUCAUCUUCUAGUGUUAUAUGCUGUCCUGUAAUUACUUUUUAAGUUGUUAUUUUCUCAUUGUUAAAGAGAGGACAUCUCAUUAUUUUUAUUUUUUCUUUGUGUCUCUUAUAAAAUCACAGAUUUUUUCCAUAGCAUUUUGUUGAUGUUAUUAUACAUUACUUUUAAUUGUAAAAUUAUGAAUGGAUAAAAUUGUUAACAAAAUGUGGACUCUGGUAGAUUAGCAGCAUUGUUACAUCAUGGAUGUUAACUACUGCAAAACAUCAACCAAAGAAGAAAACGCAACACAUCACUGAACUUUAGAGCCAUCGUGAGUGGAGUUGGUUGUUUUUAUUGCUGCAUUUGUACUUAUUUCACCACACAUCUUCACUUUUAAUCCCAAAAUCUUCUUCAAAUAUAUUGUUGUAGGCUUCUAAGAUUGAUGUUUCUGAUGUGUUUAGUCUGUGGAAAGGGUUGUUGUGCCUUGUGGAUCCAAUUGUUCACUUGCACAUAUACAUCAUCAUCAUCAUCAUCAUACGUCAACGGUCUGCUACUGGACAAAACCUUAGCAUUAAUGUUUUAAUAUAGGUGUGACCUCAUUAUUCCUUGAUAAUAAGACUAAAAAAUACAGAUUUAAGCACUGUAUUAGAGUGCCUCUUGUAGUAACUCCAACUUGCCACAAUGUGAGAAGUGGGGGCGAUCAUCAGCUAGCAGAUGCAUGUUGCUAUCAUUUUUUAUCAGCGAGGAAGACAGCAUUUGUGUUUACUUUUUGUCGGAUGCAAGUUUUAAUGCUCUGCUGAAUAAAUAAAUCACUAUGGCUGCCAAUAUGGAGGAUUAUAUAUAUAUUUAAGAUCAAAUAGUUCUCUUAACAGGUAGAAAAAUGACACCACAAUAAAAGUGAAACAGCAGCAGGACUCAGUAAAUAUUUUAUUAAUAUACUAAUUAACUAACUCUAAAUAGUAACAUGACAGUGGAUAUUUCACAAGAGUUCACCGAAAAGUGGAAAAUGGGAAUGCUACAUAAAAUGCUUAAAAUAGACUGAUACUGAUACUGUGUAAUCAUUUAUUUGUCCUAAAAUAUUUUUGGGAUAGAAAUUGAUGUCCCCCCCAAUGUUAAACUCAUUUCUACGCUCACUGUGUGAAGACUGGAGGUUAAUGUACUAAUAAACUAAAAAUAUUUACCAAAAAUUAUGUCAUACUUGCCAACCUUGGGACCUCCGAUUUCGGGAGGUGGGGGACGUGGUUGGGGGUAUGGUUAAGAGUGGAGGAGUAUAUUUACAGCUAGAAUUCACCAAGUUUCCUAUAUAUAUAUAUAUAUAUAUAUAUCCUCUCUGAGC